AUGGAUAAAAACUCAAGUACUGAUAGCAAUAUAUCCCUGGAUAGCCUGGAAACUCAAUUCAAACGAAAAAAUUUCGUAAAAGGUAGAAAGACGGAUGAAAAUGUCGAUACAAUACUCGUGCCAUUUUACGAAAAAGACGUGCUCAUAAAGGUACCAAAGGAUCAAAAACGAAAACAAAAUAAUUCAAGUAAUAAAUAUAAAGCGAAUGAGAAAUUUAAGAAUGAACUGUCGCAAACAAGCUAUUUGGUAAAUAAAGAAAGAGAAGCGAGGCUUAAGCGACCCACCUACCUAGAAAUGUUCCGUAAGCAGUUUACACCCAAUCAUAUUGGUAAAAAGAGAGAUAAGAAUGAAAUACGUUCUUUAUCACCAGAAUUUGGUGAUACGGAAAGGGAAAGUAUUGGCGAUGACGCUAAUAAUCCCAUACCAGAGUUCUACAAUACUGAGUCUUAUAACGAAAUGUAUUACGAAAAGCUUUUGUGUCGUGAUCUGCAGAACUAUAUAGACAAUUCUUUUGAAGACCAUGAAGAGGAACUGCGCUUUACUGAAGAUAUGGUAAGUAAACCAGAUGAUAUACGUGAUGAUAGUCCUGAUAAUCUAAAGAGUGUUUCGGAGAUCACAAAUCCACGUCGUAAUGUCAGACGAGCAACAAUAGAGCCCAUACCUAAUGUAAAGCUGGGAGGUUUGGGGCCUGAUUUAGAACAAAUCAAGCCGAGGCUUGAAAGAGCAAGGAGUUUACAAAGAUAUUCAGAGAAAGUAAGAAUGGAAAAUCGAUUAAAGAUUUAUAAAAAAACGUACCAAACCCAACCCGAGAAGAAAAUUGAAAGAGAAACAUCUGCCAAACACAAGGAGCCACGAAAGGAACCACCAAAGAAAGAACAAGAAGAGAAUAAGAGAGAGAAAUGCAGAGAAGGAACAGAAGCAGUUGACUGUGAAGAAGAAAGAGAUUGUGAAUCCGAAACUUGA